AUGAGGCAACGCAAAUGUACGCAGGUAUCCAUCGAAACGUUCGUGUGUCCGAGCCCUGCCAAGCGCGUAGCUGAAGACGUGCAGAUGAAGGUGCCUUUCCUACCACUGACAUCUCCACAGGAACCAACACCCGCCGCGUUUCGUCCCGAAGUGCCACUGUAUGAACACCAGCGUCGCUCCCUGCACCGCAUGUUACAGAUCGAGGCGCGUGUCGAGAGCGUCACCAAGUUCAAUUUUGGUCUACUGGACUAUUAUUCGAAAGGUGGAUGUUUGGCUGAUGCUAUUGGCAUGGGUAAGACAGCGACGAUGUUGGCGCUUAUCGUAGGAGAGCCACGAGAUUAUGCGGCCGGUGCCAAUUUACUCGUGGGACCGUCGCAUUUACUUGCACAGUGGAAAAUCGAAGUGGAAAAAUUCGUCAAACCGAAUGAAAUUGAAGUGGUGCUGGGCCUGAAAAAGUACAUGGAACUGAUGGAGAAUCCAGCAGCAAGAGCAGACAUUUCGAAUCGAAUGCUCGUGCUUGUGGGCGUGGAAGAAGCUGUUCAGUCGAGAAAUCAUUACUACCAGAACGGGAAAUUUUACACGAUAAAGGUAAAAGGGCAGCGAAAGCCUCUGUCUGUGGAGCCUACUGCGUUGCAGGAGUACAAGGAAGCAGCUAAGUUUGUGCACAAAGCCUAUUGUGGGCCGCUGUGGGUAACCCCACUGCAUCUGCCGCAGAAACCAUGGAGACGGGUGAUUUUUGAAGAAGUGCAAGAUUUAGUGCUGCCUGGAAAGAGUGCGAGAGACUGCUUUAUUCAGCUCACACAUAGGUGUUUGAAUGUGUGGCUGAUUACCGCAACGCCUUUUCCUGGCAAGACGGAGUCAAUGUACGCAAAUAAUCAACUGUUGGGAUUCAAAAGGCUACGACUGCUGCCGCACGAUCCUGCAUUUGAUGAAAUUAAACGGAAACUUUAUCUUCGAAACUGUGCACAGGUAAAGCAGCAAGCAAUCACGGAUAAAAUUAAAGUGGACGAAACCUACAUCCCUAUAAAGCUGCACCCCAAGGAAAUGUUGCUGUACAAGAUUGAGCAAGUCCUGGCCGCGAAUCAAUCCGAAUACGACGUUUUUGCUCUUGAUGAUGUUGACGUGUUGGAGGCUGGUGGAAGAGAGGGUACGACCGCUGUAGUUAUUCCAGAUAGGUCACCUGUAUGCGGUAAGGAUGCGCUGUUAGGGAUGCAUUGGACAGAACAGUACCAAUCCGCACGACAAAGUUGUGUGCACGCUGCCAUUUCUGAUCGGAUACUCGAGCGGGAGCGUGGAGGCAAGCAUAACGACUCGAAGGUCAGCAUGGCAUCAACGCUGGUCAAAAUCAAGAGCCCUAGCGAGGUGUUUCGCGACGAGAACUAUCACUUAAAGCGGCAGUUGGCUGUGGCAACCAAGCGAAAAGAUGAAGUAAAUGUGAUGGAGGCUGCGACGCGUAACACAGUUGAUAUUUGCCGUGCCAUUCGUUUAAAUGCGUAUGCUGAUGUGCAAGAGUGCUUUCAAGACUUGAAUAGAUCUGGUCUAAGCAACUUCUUCAACGAAAGUGGAGAGACUGAAGCUGGUUUCCGGAUGCUGUACAAGCACUAUCAGUCUGGUGAUGACAUACCUGAGCCAAUGGAGCUGUUACUUUACCACGAAAGUGAGAUUGAAGACUAUAUUCUAAAACACUUCAACACGAUGAACAAAGUGGAAAAACUCGCCAAGAUUAUGAGAUCCACGUUGAACGAACGGUGUCCACGUGCUCGCGCUAUCGUUGAAGAGCAGUUCAAACAGAUUACUGACUGCGUGGCGCUAAUCAGCUCAAAAAUGGUUUGCGAAAGUGAUGAGGAAAUGCCAGUGUAUGGCAGCAAGAUAUCAGCACUGGUGCAAUACUUGAGCCGCCGGCCAACGAUUAAAGUCGUGGUCUUUACGAUGUGGGAUCAAGUACUGCGUGUAGUAGACAAGGCGCUUCGUCUGGCAAACAUCACAAGUGCUGUGUUUUUGCAGCACCAGUCGAGCGAGACCAAGUCCGCACACGUCGCAUCUUUCCAUAGUGGAGACAUUCAAGUCCUUAUCUUAAACUCGCUCACAAGUGCGUCUGGGAUCAACCUGCAAGUGGCAUCACAUGUUAUUUUCCUGGACCCGGUCGGAUUCAGUCCCAUGCAAGCCAGUACAUUGGAGCAACAGGCUAUUGGUCGUGUGCUGCGAAUGGGUCAAACAAAUGAUCUCGUGACUGUCGUCCGGCUCGUUGCUGAGGAUACGAUGGAGGCUACGCUCUACAAUGACAUCCACGUAGCAACUACAAAGGCCGUUGCAGCAGACGAUACCUUUUUUGACGGAGAACGCGAAGAUGCGUACGUGUGUGCCGACUUUGAGGCACCAGUUCGACGCGUAGUGCGCAUGUUUGCCCCAUCUUCAGAUGGAGCCGAGACACAGGAUGAGGAAUUUCAAAUCGAGGGGUCCAUGUCAAUUGAGGAAGCCAUCACUCAUCGGAUCGAGCAAGCUGUGGCAAAAGGCGAGGUCUUUGAUCUCACGGAAGACACGCCAAUGGACUUGAAACAGCAACGAGAUGCGGCUCAAGACAUCUCACAUCAACGCAAGAAACAACGAACUCGUGGAAAAGCAGUGACCGUCGCAGCAGAAGCUUUCGGUAGUGGAGAAGUCGUUGUUAAAAAUGAACCACGACGUGCUUCGAGAUGA